ACUCAUGAACAUCUAGUUCAUUAUGGCUCCCACCAUCACAGCUCUCCAAUAUUACGGAGCGAAAAACGUAAGACUGCAGCAGGUUCAGCCGCGACCUUGCCAUGCAGAUGAGGUCCGUAUCCAGAUUGCCUACUGCGGCAUCUGCGGCUCUGACAUCCACGAGUACCUUGGCGGCCCCGUCUUCUCGCCUCCCCCGGGCAAGAAGAACCCGUAUACUGGCGCCGAACUCCCAGUGACGCUGGGCCACGAAAUUAGUGGAACGAUCGUCGAGCUCGGCUCGUCAGUGCCAGCGUCCGAUCCAAAUCUCAAGCUCGGCAUGAGAGUAGCCGUAAACCCAGCCAUGAAUGAUCGACACCAUGGGGUAGAGAAAUGCACCGCAUGCCAACUGGGGUUGCCCAAUAUCUGCAAGCGGUAUACAUCGUACGGGUUCAGUGCCGCAGGGGGCGGGCUCGCGAGCGAAAUCGUUGUCAAGCAUUAUGCCUGCAUUCCGCUCCCUGAUUCAAUCUCGUUGAAGGUGGGCGCGCUCCUGGAGCCGCUCGCGGUGGCGUGGCACUGUAUUCGGAUUUCUGGGUUUCAAAGGGACCAGACGGUUCUCAUACUCGGUGCCGGGCCUAUCGGCCUAGCGAUUCUGAUGAUUCUAAGGGUCUGGGGGGUCAAGACGGUCGUUAUCAGUGAGGUGGCGGCGUCACGAAAGCGGAUGGCGAGGGAGCUGGGCGCUGAUCUGGUGCUCGACCCAACUGAGUUGGGGAGCUCUAAGGAUGGACUGGAUCCAGUGGUCGUGGCUACGCAAAAGGCCAUGAAGGCAGACGGGGCCGACGUGACAUUCGACUGUACGGGGCUGCAAUCCACUCUGGACACGGCCAUUGCUGCGACCAGACCAGGGGGCACUGUCUUCAACGUCGCCAUCCAUGAAAAGCCCCUGAUGGUGAAUCUCAACGAGCUGACUCUGGGCGAGAGGCGCCUGACUGGUGGAAUCUGCUACACGGACGUUGAUUUCCAGGAGCUCAUUGCUGCUCUGGAAGCAGGGAAGAUUCAGGCCGAGAGGCUGAUUACAUCGAUCGUGGAUUUAGACGACGUUAUUGACAAGGCGCUGAUGGAGUUGAUCCAUAACAAGGCUGCGCAUGUCAAGAUCUUGGUCAAGCCAAACCAUGUGCGGUCAGUCCGUCUAUAGCGUAAGUUUUUCUCUUAACUAAAUAUAUAUAUUUGGAAUUCU